UUGUGGAGAAAUGGUCUCAGAACGCUAGCCAUGAUACAAUAGUUACAACAUGGAGUUCUGAAGAAAUGCCCAAACUGGAAGUGCACAGAGUCUGCUUGCCGCCACCCGAGACGACUCUUCAGAAAGUGAGACGCAGCACGUCCGAGAUUUUCUUCCCGGAUGAUCCGUUCCACAGAUUCAAGAACCAAACAUGGCUCAAGAAAUUGUAUCUGGGUCUUCAGUUUAUCUUCCCUGUUUUCCAGUGGGGCCCCGAUUACAGUCUCAAACUUCUCAGGUCCGAUGUCUUUUCUGGUCUCACCAUUGCCAGCCUUGCAAUCCCACAAGGAAUAAGUUAUGCAAAGCUUGCGGAUUUGCCUCCUAUAAUUGGACUAUAUUCUAGUUUUGUGCCACCAUUGAUAUACUCUGCUCUGGGGAGCUCGAGACACCUUGUAGUUGGUCCAAAUUCAAUAGCAUCUUUGGUCUUGGCCACCAUGCUUGGUGGCUAUGUUUCACCCUCUGAUCAACCAACUCUCUAUCUCCAGUUGGCUUUUACUGCCACUUUCUUUGCUGGUGUAUUUCAAGCCUCUUUGGGCCUACUAAGGUUAGGAUUCCUUAUUGAUUUCCUGUCAAAGGCUACUCUUGUUGGGUUCAUGGCUGGUUCAGCAGUCAUAGUGUCUUUGCAACAACUUAAAGGACUGCUUGGGAUUGUUCACUUUAGUAACCAGAUGCAAAUAGUCCCAGUUUUAUCCUCUGUUUUCACCCACAGAAAUGAGUGGUCGUGGCAAACAUUUGCAAUAGGAUUCGGUUUCCUGUUAUAUUUGCUGACAGCAAGAGAAAUAAGCAGGAGGAAGCCGGAGCUUUUCUGGGUUUCAGCUGCUGCCCCUUUAACCUCGGUUAUUUUCUCCACGCUUAUUGUCUACCUCUUCAGAUCCAAUGUCCAUGGAAUUCCAACUAUUGGGCAUUUACCAAAGGGUCUUAAUCCAACUUCAUUAAACAUGCUGUAUUUCCAUGGCACUUAUUUGGGUGUUGCUCUCAAAACUGGCAUAGUAACUGGAGUACUCUCUCUUACAGAAGGAAUCGCUGUGGGAAGGACAUUUGCUGCUCUAAAAAACUAUCAAGUUGACGGUAACAAAGAAAUGAUGGCUAUUGGUCUUAUGAACAUGGCUGGUUCCUGCUCUUCUUGCUACAUCACCACAGGAUCGUUUUCCCGAUCAGCUGUGAACUACAAUGCUGGAGCGAAAACCGUGGUUUCGAACGUGAUAAUGUCGUUAACCGUGCUCGUGACUCUCCUGUUUCUAAUGCCACUGUUGGCUUAUACCCCCAACUUCAUUUUGGCCGUGAUCAUCAUUAGUGCCGUUGUUGGGCUAAUAGAUUAUCAAGCUGCGUUUCGGUUGUGGAAAGUUGACAAGCUUGAUUUCUUGGCUUUCUUGUGUUCCUUUCUCGGCGUUCUUUUCAUUUCCUUCCCCAUAGGCCUUGGGAUUGCUGUUGGCGUUUCGGUUUUCAAGAUUCUCCUUCAUGUUACUAGGCCAAAUACUGUGGUUCUGGGAAAUAUUCCGGGAACUCAGAUAUACCAAAGUCUUAGUAGAUACAGAGAGGCUUUAAGAGUUCCCUCAUUUCUCAUAAUCGCGGUGGAGUCCCCUUUCUGGUUUGCAAAUUCCACAUACCUACAAGAGAGAAUACUGAGAUUGGUUCGCGAGGAGAAAGAGAACAUAGAAUCGAAUGGAGGAAAUCCAAUGAAAUGCAUCAUUUUGGAUAUGACUGCUGUCACAGCAAUAGACACAACCGGAAUCCAAACAUUGUGUGAACUAAGAGAAACGCUGGAGAAAAGAUCACUGCAGUUUGUGCUGGCAAAUCUCGGGGGAAAUGUGAUGGAAAAGCUGCAUCGGUCAAACGCCUUGGAGUCGUUUGGGUCGAGUGGAUUAUAUUUGACCGUUGGCGAAGCCGUGGCUGAGAUAUCAUCAAUAUGGAAGGCUGAAAUGCCGAAGCGCUUCACUAGGAAACAUGGGGUGAAGCACCUUCCUCAGUAGUUCUGGAUUCCAGCUUAUAAUAAGAAGUGUGCAGGAUGGCAUCAGGUGAUGAAAUCGGAAACAUUCGCCUUUUAAGCUUGUCAAGUAGGUCAAGCCUGGAAAAAUUCGGAAUGAUCGAAUACUAUAAUCGAAGCGUAUUCAUCUUACAAUUACGUUGAAAGUUAUUUUAGCAGUUUAGUUUUUUUCGAUAUGUAUGUGGUCCGACCACAUAGUUUCCAGUAUUCGAUCAGACUGAAUUUUUGCAUGAGCAACCUACUCAACAAGCUUACGUAAUUGAACAUUUCCAAUUUUAUCAUGCCCAAAAUUGCCG